UCCACUCAUGAUAUAAAUACUCUCUUCACACACUCUUCAAAGUAAAGAAAAACCAAACAAAACCCAAAGCUCGCAGUCAAAUUCUCAAUCUCGUAGUGUUUUUAUCUUCUUCUAGAGAAUAGGGUUUAGAAAUUGAGUAAUUUCUCCAUCUGGUUCUUUGUCAGAUAAAUCGAAAAUGGUGAGAGGAGAUCAUGAGGAGGAGAGGAUGGUGGCGGCCACGAAACCUGCAUGGCUUGAAGGAUUAAUGUCGGAAACUUUCUUCUCGAGCUGUGGGAUCCACGAGAGUCGCCGUAAAAGGGAGAAGAACGUGUUUUGCUUGCUCUGUUGUCUUAGUGUUUGUCCUCACUGCCUCCCUUCCCAUCGCCCUCAUCCUCUUCUUCAGGUGAGACGAUACGUGUACCAAGACGUCGUUCGGCUGAGUGAUCUUGAGAAGCUCAUAGAUUGUUCAUAUAUUCAGCCAUAUACAAUCAAUGGUGCCAAAGUGAUAUUCAUAAACCAAAGACCACAAUCAAGAGUUAAGGUCACUUCAAAUGUUUGCUUUACCUGUGAUAGAAUCCUCCAGGAACCAUUCCACUUUUGUUCCCUCUCUUGCAAGGUGGAUUACUUAGUAUAUCAAGGAGGUGAUUUAUCAAGUAUUCUCUAUAAAAUCGAUGAAUCAGAUUUCACAUUUUCAAGUUUGCGAAUAGACGGACACGAUCAGCUCGGAGAGAUAUCAACAAUGGAGGACGAGACAGACAAUAUUGUGGUAAUCUCAGAUCAAUCGGAGCAAGUUAGCAAUAGUAGUAAGGAUAAAAGGAAGAAGAAGAAAGAGAGCAAAUACUUGCCUGGGAUGGUUCUUCCAACUGGUAGCAGAAGAAAAGGUGCUCCUCAUAGGGCUCCCUUUUCAUAAUUUAUUUAAAACAAAAAAAUCAUAGGCAAACAAAUUAUCUUUAUAAUAUAAGCAUUAUAUGCACGUCAACAAAAAAAGCAUUAUAUGUACAAAUAAUUAAAUAUAUGUGUAUCGUGUUUUAUGAAUUUAUCCCUUAAAUGUGUUUACGUUUUUCCUUAUCAUUGAUUUUUUUUCUUUUUUUUUUCUUGUGCUAAUGUAAAAUGAGUUUUUACGUUUAUGUGUAUAUAUU